UCUUUGCCUUCAGCAUUCUAUUGGGAAGUAAAAGGAACUCUAUUCAAAGUGAGUGCAAUCUUUGAAACAGUCAUCAAAACAACAUGCCCCCAUUGCAAGACGACCUGGUAUUCCUAUUUCAGUGACAACACAAAAUUUGGGAUUUUCCUCACUUUCAGUCAGGGGCGGACUGACAACUCAUGGGGCCCCCGGGCAAUAAGGGAUCAUGGGGCCCCUGUGUCCUUGCCAAAACUCAAAAAAGCCUAUGAAAUAGGUACCAGGGGCAUCUCAUGGGGCCCCCUACUGACCCCGGGCCCUCGGGCAGUGCCCGAGUUUCCAAAUGGUCAGUCCGCACCUGGUACACACACU